CAUCGCCCUAUAGCCGCGAACUAGCAUUCACUCCUACCACCCUCGUUUUCCACGUGUUACCCUGGCUACUUGGUCGCGGAUUUUGUCGCAUCCAGGUUAACCCCAACGUGUUUACCCUGCCUAUGAACAGUGAAAACACGCGCUAAGUCAUGGCUUCCCUCCAGUCAGCACCAAAUAUGGCGACUGGAAGUAUGAGCUUGCCGCCCAAUCUGACACAGCAACACAUCCAAGAGGUUUUGCAGAAAUUCAAGCAGAUGCAAGAGCAAGGUGUCCGCCAUGAUGACCCUGAAUUCCUUAAAGCCCAGCACCUUCUUUCGGCCGUUCAUCGACAGCAAUUUUUUCAGAAGCAAAGGCAAGUCGCGCAACAGCAGCUCCAGGCGCAACAACGUCAACAACAAUUGAAUGGCGCCGCUGCAGAUUCUGCUACUACGAAUGGUGUCAAUGGUAAGCCCGUUGUUACAUCCCCUCCUUUGUAUGCUGGCCAGGAUAUCAUCCUAACCUUGAAAACUGUCAAACCAGGGCGAACCAACUCUGUCUCUUCUGGCACUGGUGUCGUUCAAGAUGGUCUUUCUACGCAGGCAGGUAGUCAGCAGCAAGCCCCAGUGCAAGCUAUCUCACAAAAAGGAGCCCCUGUUGCUAGUGGUAGUUUCUCAGCGGAACAGCUUGCCACGCUCAGGAAUCAGAUUGUCGCUUUCAAGUUGCUAUCGAAGAAUCUCUCGAUACCGACUCGUGUCCAGGAGCAACUGUUUGCUUCUAAGAAGCCGCAAACUCCCGCACCCUCUGAUAAUGUGACGGCAGCAGAAAACGUUUUGGAAAGCGUGUCUCAAAGCAAGACUGAGCAACCUGCUAGUACAGCAGAAACUUCACAACCUAAAGAUUUUUACGAAACGUUUCACUCUCCUUAUGAUUCUGUUCCCCAAACCAUCAGCUUCUCCGACCACGCUUCCCGCGCAUACCGUAUGCGCAUCCCUGCCUUGAUGCCACCAGGUAUCGACCUGGAGCAGGUGCGAGAGGAAAGGGAACUGGUCCUGUAUAAUAAAAUCAACGCACGGAAAGCGGAAUUGGCAGAACUGCCUGCCAAUAUAGGCGUAUGGGAUACAAGCCGGAGUGACACCGCAACAGGCGAUGACUCGUUGAAGUUGAAGGCACUCAUUGAAUACAAGAUGCUCAAUCUCCUUCCGAAGCAAAGGAUAUUCCGCAAGCAGAUACAGAACGAGAUGUUUCACUUUGAUAAUUUAGGAAUGGCUGCGAACCGCUCCAACCAUCGUCGUAUGAAGAAGCAGUCAUUGCGUGAGGCUAGAAUUACCGAAAAGCUGGAGAAGCAACAGCGUGAUGCUCGUGAGACUAGGGAGAAGAGGAAGCAAUAUGAUCAGCUCCAAGCUAUUCUAAAUCAUGGUGCUGAACUCCAGAAUGCUGCAAACCUACAGCGCACUCGCAUGCAGAAACUAGGCCGUAUGAUGCUUCAGCAUCAUCAGCAUAUGGAGCGUGAAGAGCAGAAGCGUGUUGAGCGUACUGCUAAGCAACGUCUCCAGGCUCUUAAGGCUAACGACGAGGAGACCUAUUUGAAAUUAUUGGGACAGGCGAAGGAUUCACGUAUAUCUCAUUUGCUUAAUCAAACCGACAACUUCCUUAAACAGCUUGCUGCUUCGGUUAGGGAGCAACAACGCAGCCUGGCCGAGCGAUACGGCGAGGACGACCAGUUCUACGACGAAGAGGAAGAGGAAGAGGACAUUGGGUCUGGAACUGACGAUGAAACCGGCGGAAGGCGCAAGAUUGAUUACUAUGCUGUCGCUCAUAGAAUUAAAGAAGCUGUUACCGAGCAGCCUACUAUCCUUGUUGGCGGCACGCUCAAGGAGUAUCAGAUGAAGGGACUUCAAUGGAUGAUCUCGCUUUAUAACAACAACCUCAACGGUAUCUUGGCAGACGAGAUGGGUCUAGGAAAGACUAUCCAGACUAUCAGUUUGAUCACCUACAUUAUUGAGAAGAAGAAGAACAACGGCCCGUUCCUCGUCAUUGUUCCUCUCAGCACUCUCACCAACUGGAACUUGGAGUUUGAGAAAUGGGCUCCCUCUGUUGCAAGGGUUGUCUAUAAAGGACCUCCGAAUGCGCGUAAGCAACAGCAACAACAGAUUCGAUGGGGCAAUUUCCAGGUUCUGUUGACCACGUACGAGUACAUUAUCAAAGAUCGGCCGAUUUUGAGCAAGGUCAAGUGGAACCACAUGAUAGUUGAUGAGGGUCAUCGUAUGAAAAACACGCAGUCGAAGCUGAGCAGUACCCUGUCCCAGUACUAUACCAGUCGUUACCGUUUGAUCUUGACUGGUACCCCUCUGCAAAACAAUCUACCGGAAUUGUGGGCACUCCUGAACUUCGUCUUGCCGAACAUCUUCAAAUCAGUGAAAUCUUUCGAUGAGUGGUUCAAUACGCCAUUUGCGAACACUGGAGGCCAGGACCGAAUGGAGCUGUCUGAAGAAGAACAGUUGCUGGUUAUCCGCCGCCUGCACAAGGUCCUCCGGCCCUUCUUGCUCAGACGUCUAAAGAAAGAUGUCGAGAAAGAUUUACCAGAUAAGCAAGAAAGAGUCAUCAAGUGCCGUUUCUCUGCGUUGCAGGCCAAACUGUAUAGGCAGCUUGUCACGCAUAACAAGAUGGCUGUGAGCGACGGAAAGGGAGGCAAGACUGGCAUGCGCGGCUUGAGCAACAUGCUGAUGCAGUUGAGGAAACUUUGCAACCACCCUUUUGUCUUCGAGCCUGUAGAGGAUCAGAUGAACCCCAGCCGGGGAACCAAUGAUCUACUCUGGCGCACAUCAGGUAAAUUCGAACUGUUAGACAGAAUUUUGCCUAAAUUCCGGGCCACUGGCCACCGCGUUUUGAUGUUCUUCCAGAUGACCCAGAUCAUGAACAUCAUGGAGGAUUUUUUACGGCUUCGUGGCAUGAAGUACCUCCGUCUCGACGGUUCCACUAAGUCUGACGAUCGAUCCGAUCUCUUGAAACUCUUCAAUGCUGAAAAUUCGGAGUACUUUUGCUUCUUGCUCUCCACACGUGCGGGUGGUCUCGGUCUUAACCUUCAGUCUGCAGACACUGUCAUCAUCUUCGAUUCUGACUGGAAUCCUCAUCAAGAUUUGCAAGCUCAAGACCGUGCACAUCGUAUCGGUCAGAAGAAUGAAGUGCGUAUUCUUCGCCUGAUCAGCUCUAAUUCCGUUGAAGAGAAGAUCCUUGAACGCGCACAGUUCAAGCUUGACGAUGAUGACUUGAAUGAUAUCAUGGCGCGGUCUGAUGAAGAACUGCUUGUAUUCCAGCGCCUCGACAAAGAGCGACCACAAAGGGAUCCCUACGGGCCUGGUCACCCGCUGCCACGCUUGAUGGGAGAGGAUGAACUUCCAGACAUCUACGUUUCUGAGGAGAAUCCCGUUACGGAAGAAGUGGAGGUUGAGAUGGCUGGUCGCGGUGCACGUGAGCGUAAAGUUACCAGGUAUGAUGAUGGCCUCACAGAGGAGCAGUGGCUUAUGGCCGUGGAUGCCGACGACGAUACGAUCGAAGACGCUAUCGCCCGAAAGGAGGCAAGAGUUGAGCGUCGCCGUGUUAACAAAGAACGACGUAGCCGGAAAGGGGGUGGGGAUUCAUCGCCGGAGCCGUCUCGUGAAAGCUCUGAAACACCUCAGCCUAAGAAACGGGGUCGCAGAGGCCCUGCACCAAAGCGCAAAGCAGAAGAGCUUGUGGAAGAGACUCCUCAGCCGAAACGUAAGAGGGGUAGACAAGCCAAGCCUGUGGAGACCUUGAGCCCCGAGGACCGUGUUACAUUGCAACGCAUACUUAACAACGUUUACCAGGCGUUGAUGGACAUGGAGCAGGAGCUACCGGCAGAUUCUUCUGAUAGUGAAGAUGGACCAGUCAGCCGGUCUAUUAUCGAGCCGUUCAUGAAACCACCCCCGAAGUCGCAAUAUCCCGACUACUACAUGAUCAUUCAGAACCCAAUUGCGAUGGAAAUGAUCCGAAAGAAGAUCAACCGUGAUGAAUACCAGAAUCUGAAGGAUUUCCGGAAUGAUAUUCAUCUCCUCUGCCAAAAUGCUCGGACUUACAACGAAGACGGUAGCAUUCUGUUCCAAGAUGCCAAUGACAUUGAGAGCAAAUGCCUUAGUGAGUUGAAGAAAGAGACCGAGGGCUACCCACAAUUUGCCAACUAUGAUGGCCUGGGAGCAUCUGCUGGUAGUAAUCAGAUCGUCGCGGCUACUUCCGGUGCUGAGACUCCCAGUGCUGCUGCCACGCCAAGCCAACCGAAGCUGAAGCUCACAUUCAAUAGUGGUAGCCGGGACAGUACAGGAGCCGCGAACGGAACCCCACAGACUGGGACGACGGAAGAGUGAUCUCUGGAUAGCUCUUCAUCGAGGCGGCGUGACAUGCUUGAAUCCCUAUUCGUUACGUGGGUGGAGCUUUAUCUCCACAAUGCACUUUACUGUUUUGAUCUUUUUGUUGACAUGUACCCAUCCGGCUUUGGACGGCGUUCUGUGACUUCGGUGAUGGAUGAUGGUUGAUGGCGCAUGCUCUGCUCUAUUGAAGAUACUGAUUUCAUUGACGGGUUUUCUUUUCCGAUUUCCUUUUUUUCCCCAUCAUUUCUUACGUUCAAACCCAAACAUUUCUCAUGUGUUUUCAGUGGUUGAUAAACUGAUCAGAUACAGAUUUUGUCUCUUCUCCCAUCCUUUGUUGUCCAUUACAUUUACCCUUUGUGCCAGGACGGUUUCCCCUUCCCUGGACUAGAGAGAGUUGAUUUCCCCUUUUGUCUCAGAUGAUGAGAUUGGUUGUAAUUGGAAUUUUUUCUCUUUUCAUUUUGUGUUUCUACCCUACCAAAGAUCGUGGUAGUCGUACAUCUACGUAUAAUUGUACUCUUGGCCGUUGAAUGUACCGUACCGAGGAGAUAAGAAAGCAGGAAUGUAAAAUCGAUUCAAUCCUAAUACAUUAUACAGCGAACAUUAUCUGGACGGGGCCCGUUAU